AUUUUGGCUCAACGGGUCUAAAUCUGUCAACGGAAACAUCCGGGGAAUGACACGCACGUUUGUCGCCAUUACGGCUCUUCGUCCCCGAGCUUCAUAACCUUGGAAGGGCGGGGCGCUCGCGUUCUGAACUGGAGUAGCAGGAGGAGAGAAACCUGCGGAAAACCGUUACACGGGAGCGCUGCCUUCUUUCUGCACACCGAGCCGCUUUAACGGAAGAUUAAGGCGUGUGCCGGUGCAACAGCAGGACAACGAUGAGCGCAUUCCGACGGCCACUGAGGCGGUUGCGCCGUUGAAUGGCUUUUCAUGUUUCAGGCGGAUCGUCGGGAACGCUCGAGCCAUUUGAGCGCAUCAGCGCGUUUUUUGCGGCCGCUCGCCUCAGAUUGACAUCCAUUAUUUGAAGCGGCAGCGCGGAUGCUGCGACCCGAAUCCCUGUGCGUUGUUUUUUCCUGACAUCAGCUCAGCAUCACCCACAUCCUCGUCCGGCGCGAGGAGACAUCUUAAGACGCGCGGUGGUCGUCGACGGGAAUCUGGGGGAUUUACAGGGAUCCGGGUGUCGACGGGGCGGAGGGCGAAAAUCGUCUGAUCUGAUCUGAUCUGAUCUGAUUCGGACUGGACUGAUUCUAAGGGGCUCUAAUCGAUAGUUCCUCUCAACAGCAGAAGCACCAGACCGACCGUGUGGUCAAUUAGAGAUUUUCUGAGGGAAAUCUCGGCGGCGGGAGAAUGGCUGACGACGACGUGCUGUUUGAGGAUGUGUACGAGCUCUGUGAGGUGAUCGGAAAGGGGCCGUUCAGUGUGGUGCGUAGAUGCAUCAACAGAGACACAGGGCAACAGUUUGCUGUCAAGAUUGUAGAUGUGGCCAGUUUCACCUCCAGCCCUGGACUGAGUACAGAAGAUCUGAAGCGGGAGGCCAGUAUCUGUCACAUGCUCAAACAUCCUCAUAUAGUGGAGCUACUGGAGACAUACAGCUCUGAUGGGAUGCUCUACAUGGUCUUUGAGUUUAUGGAUGGUGCAGAUUUGUGUUUUGAGAUAGUAAAGAGGGCUGACGCUGGGUUCGUCUACAGUGAAGCUGUUUCCAGUCACUACAUGCGACAGAUACUUGAAGCUCUUCGCUAUUGCCAUGACAACAAUGUCAUACACCGAGACGUCAAGGACUGUGCUCACUACUGCUGUUUACUUCUGUUGCAAAACUCUCAGGUUUGAUGAUGUUUGUCAAGGGUUUUGCCAGGUGUCAUGUUUGG